AAACGGAAGUUACCGGCAAACAUGGCUGACACAGCUAAGAAAGACGCAACUGAAGAGAAAAAGGACGUAAAGAAGGGGAAAGAUGAUGCGAAGGAUCAAGAACUGUCUGAGGAAGACAAACAGUUGCAAGAUGAGCUCACUAUGCUUGUGGAGAGACUAACUGAGCCGAACCAGCAGCUGUACAAGCCUGCCCUCGAGAGUCUUCGCACCCAAAUAAGGGCCUCAACCACUUCUAUGACAUCUGUGCCCAAGCCCCUGAAAUUUCUACGCCCUCAUUAUGACACUCUCAAGGGUGUUUAUGAAAAAAUCAGAGACCAGGAAACAAAGAGGUUUUGCGCGGACAUUGUGUCGGUGUUGGGGAUGACAUUCAGCGAUAACAAGGAGAGUCUGAAGUAUCGGCUGCUGGGAUCUAAGGAGGAGAUCGGCUCCUGGGGCCACGAAUAUGUCAGGCACUUGGCAGGUCAGGUAGCUGCAGAAUGGCAGGAUCUUGAAGCCAAAGAUGUGGAGAUGAAAGGACGCCUCCUCACCAUGGCGAAGGAGAUUGUGCCAUACCACAUGGCCCACAAUGCCGAGGCAGAGGGCUGUGACCUGCUGAUGGAGGUUGAGAGGCUGGAUCUGCUCCAGGAUUAUGUUGACGACUCUGCUUACCAGCGAGUGUGCCUCUAUCUCACCAGCUGUGUUGCUUAUGUACCUGAUCCGGAGAACAUCACGCUACUGAAGACGGCCGUGGAUCUGUACCGUAAAUUCAAUCAGUACCCCCAGGCCCUGCGAUACGCCCUGCAACUCAAUGACCAGAAACUCAUUGAGGAUAUCUUCUACUCUUGCAAAGACAGUUUGACACAGAAGCAGCUGGCUUUCAUGCUGGGACGUCAGCAGGUGUACCUUGAGUUGAAGGACGAUAUUGAAGAGUAUGAUGAACUCACAGAGAUCAUCUCCAACACCCAUCUCAACAACAACUUCUUAGCGCUGGCCAGGGAAUUGGACAUUAUGGAGCCAAAAGUGCCUGAAGACAUUUACAAGUCCCAUCUGGAACCUACAAGAGGAUCAUUGGGACCAUCAAAUGUGGACUCAGCUCGGCAAAAUCUGGCCUCUUCAUUUGUUAAUGGAUUUGUAAAUGCAGCGUUCGGUCAGGACAAACUACUAAUGGAGGACGGGAACAAGUGGCUGUAUAAAAACAAGGAGCAUGGAAUGAUGACAGCGACAGCCUCUCUGGGCCUGGUGUUGUUGUGGGAUGUUGAUGGAGGACUCACACAGAUUGACAAAUACCUGUACUCAUCAGAGGACUAUAUCAAGGCUGGUGCUCUAUUGGCGUGUGGUAUAGUGAACUCUGGUGUUCGUAACGAAUGUGACCCAGCUCUGGCUUUACUGUCAGACUACGUGAUGCACACCAGUAGCACUAUGAGGAUAGGGGCGAUUAUAGGAUUGGGCCUGGCGUAUGCGGGCUCUAACAGGGAUGAUGUUUUACAGCUGAUUCUGCCAGUCCUCGGGGACUCUAAAUCUAACAUGGAGGUUUUGGGUAUCGCAGCCCUGUCAUGUGGUAUGAUCGCGGCCUCCAAGUGUAAUGGCGAUGUCACCUCCACCAUCCUACAGACCAUGAUGGAGAGGUCAGAGACGGAGCUUAAAGACACUUUCGCCCGAUUCCUCGCUCUUGGGCUCGCCCUCAACUACCUGGGUCGUCAGGAGGCAGUUGAUGCCACACUAGCUGCCCUGGAAGUGGUCCAAGAGCCCCUCAAAUCCAUGGCUUACAUGCUGGUAGAUGUCUGUGCGUAUGCUGGAACUGGAAAUGUCUUGAAGAUCCAGGAACUUCUACACCUGUGUUCAGAGCACGAUGAGAAAAAAGAUCAGGACAAGAACGAGAACAAAGAGGACAAAAAGAAGAAGGAAAAAGAGAAGAAGGAAGAAGAGAAGGCUGCAGGCCCAGAUCUGACCGCCCAACAGGGGGUUGCAGUGCUUGGGCUUGCUCUUAUAUCCAUGGGCGAGGACAUUGGGGCAGAAAUGUGCUUCCGAUCCUUCAGUCAUCUGUUGCGGUAUGGUGAAGUUGGUAUCCGGCGAGCUGUACCACUGGCUCUAGGCCUGCUGUCUGUUUCCAACCCCAAACUUCAGAUCCUCGACACACUCAGUAAAUUCUCCCACGACAAUGAUCCAGAGGUCACACAAAACUCCAUCUUCGCCAUGGGAUUGGUUGGAGCCGGUACGAACAAUGCCCGUCUGGCAGCGAUGCUCCGUCAGCUAGCUGUGUAUCACAGUAAGGACCCUAACAACUUGUUCAUGGUUCGUAUGGCCCAGGGACUUACUCACCUGGGCAAGGGGACCCUCACGCUGUGUCCCUACCACAGUGACCGCACACUGAUGAGCCCUGUGGCUGUUGCUGGGCUUAUGGCAGCUCUGGUCGCCUGCCUCGAUGUGAAGAAUUUGGUGCUUGGAAAAUCUCACUACUUGCUAUACCACCUGGUCGCUGCCAUGCAGCCAAGAAUGCUUGUUACAUUUGAUGAAGAGAUGCGGCCCUUGCCUGUUGCUGUUCGAGUUGGACAGGCGGUAGAUGUGGUGGGGCAGGCGGGAAAGCCAAAGACAAUUACAGGCUUCCAGACCCAUACAACUCCCGUGCUUCUGGCGUACGGAGAGAGGGCCGAACUCGCUACUGAUGAAUAUCUGCCACAGACCUCUGUGAUGGAAGGGUUUGUCAUACUCAAGAAGAACCCAGACUUUGAAUCAACCUAGGCGUAACCAGUCAACCAUGUUUUUCAUUGAACUAAGAACCAGUCAGCUACAUGUGAACCAAACCAAGCAGAAAUGGUUCUUGUAGAAAAGUUAUGAAUUAUCAAUUUUGAGAAUCACACAAGAUAUGGGUUACCAAAUAAGAUAUGUUUAAUAUAUCAGAGUAGCCAUAAUAUUUAAAACACAUCACACUAGGGUGACCUCAUUUCUAUUUUUAAUACAUCAUAUUUACUAGAAGAUCUAUUUCUGCUAUUUGUUUGCACAAUGAGUCGUGUACAUUUCAAUUGCCUCAGUAUGAGCUUUUUGUAUGCAUCACAUUUCAUCAAACUGUGAAAAUAUCUAAAUUAUCGUGUUUCAGUGACCAUAAUUGACGCGCAUGCCCUUAUAGUUACACAGCAUUUUUUCAAGGGCCUUUUUCACACUGGUUCUAGGACAUUGAUAAAGCUUAUUCUGAUUAAACAUGAAAAAACAGAGCUUGGUAUGCUGUAAAUGAUCUUGGUGGUCAUUUUGUGACUGUUGACCUUCUGAAUAUGUUAUUAUGAACCAGUACCGUAGUAUAAGCUUACACACCACUAUUUUUGUAAUCGUCAGUUGUGUUAGCCUGAAAAUUGACAUGGGCAGCGCAUCAUUUCUUUGGACACUUAUGGCAUUUUAAACGUUUCUGUUUUUGACUCAUCAUUAAUAUUUGUAAAGUAAAAAUGAUAGUGCUUUUGUUUUGUGAUAAAAUAAGGUUAUUUGAGUAUCAUCCGACAUUAUGUCUAUUUACUGUAUUUUUUUCAACAUUAAAUGUAUUUAAGGCA